AUGAAAGACCUUUAUUCGUUUGAUGCUACUCAACAAGAAGCAUUCGAGACCUAUGAUCAAGUAGCCAAUGCUUAUCAACGUAUCUUUCAGCGUAUGGGCGUACCUUUUGUAGUAGCUGAAGCAGACAGUGGCAAUAUUGGUGGAUCCAAGUCGCAUGAAUAUCAUUUGAUUUCAUCUGUGGGUGAAGAUACACUCUUGACAUGCCAUCAAUGUGGAUACACCGCCAACGAAGAAUUAGCCAUUGGACAGUUCAACCCAAGCUCUACUGAAUCAACACAAAACAGCGUUGUCAAAUCUAUGUUGGGAUUAGAUCAAGUAGAUGCUACUGUUGUUUCCUUUUCAGCAUUAAAUGCAGCAGAAGAUAAUCAACAUCAAGGAAUGGCAGCCAUUUUAACACCUCCUGGAAGAGCAGCCAAUCUACUCAAGGUACAGACAAAACUCAGUAACUAUUUAAAAGAACAUCAAUGGAUGAGCCAAAGAGGCACGAUGGACAUGCAUACCAUACCUUCCUCUGCAUUACAUCCUUCAUUGAUGAAUCACUUACAUGUCUUUAUGGACAAUGCUCUGUCUUGCACCAUUGAAACCAGCAAAAACCUGACUGUACAUACGCCCGAUCAUUUUAGACUAGCAAAAGAAGGCGACCUCUGUGCUUCGUGUGACCACCAUCCUCCACUUUCGAGUGUUAAAGCGAUUGAAUGUGGUCAUACUUUUUAUUUAGGUACCAAAUACUCAGCUGCAUUAGACUGUACAUUUAGAGAAAACAACACUGUAUUGCCUACUGAAAUGGGAUGUUAUGGAAUUGGUAUCUCUCGAUUACUUGCUGCUGUAGCAGAAGCAAAGCAUGAUGACAAGGGUAUUGCUUGGCCUGAAUCCAUUGCUCCUUAUCGUGUCUGUAUUGUACCUACAGAUGACCGCAAACAAGAAUUCAAGCAGUUGGCUGAUCAAGUCUAUGAUGCUCUACAAACACACAACAAGGACAAUGUGGUGAUUGAUGAUCGUCGUUCUGGAUUUGGUGCUAAAAUGAAAGACGCUGAAUUAGUUGGCUAUCCAUAUACCAUCAUUAUUGGCCCAAAGACCUUAGAACAUGGACAAGUAGAAGUGCAUCAACGUAUGCAAGGACAACAGAGCAAAAAGACAGUGAUUUCAUUAGACAGUGUAUUAAAAAGUGGUUUAUAG